CAGAACAGGGAGGGAGUUGAGCCUCCUGACUGCCUGGUGAAAGAAACUGUUCUUGAGCCUGCUGGUUUUGGCCCGGAGACUCCGCAGUCUACCAUACGGUAUUUGUUGAUGCUACAAAGAUGAAGACAUGGACUUUCAUAUGUAUCCUCACACUGUGCAUCAUUGCAGUGUCAGCCCACAGCAAAAUCAGACAGAAGAGAGCAUGGAUCAUCGACUCCUUCGCUAUAGAUGAAGAAAGCCCUGGUCCUUUCCCGUAUUCACUCGGCAUCAUUCAUCUGGAAAAGAAAUAUUUACUAAAUUUCAGACUCAUUGGCAGUGGUUUUGAUGAAGACCCUAAAGGUGUGCUGAAUAUCAACAAAAAAACCGGUGAGGUUCUUGUGCAUAAAAAAGUCGACUAUGAGGCCUUUCCAGUUCUCAAGCUCAAGUUUGAAGCAGUAAAUGUCUCCAAUGACCAAGUGGACACGAGGCUCGGCCUUGAGAUCAGGGUCCGUGAUAUUAAUGAUCACGCCCCUGUUUUUCAACCUCUUAACUAUGAAAUUAAACUCGGAGAAUCUGAACGUCAAGGUAAAUCAGUUAUGACAGUCUCUGCAUCAGAUCGUGAUGAUUCAUCAACCCCAAAUGGAACUUUCAACUUCAGACUUGUCUCCGUCACCCCAAAAACAGAUAAUGUUGAGUUUUAUAUGAAACAGGACAACACCACAGGAAAUAUUUAUUUCAAAGGCUGCCUGGAUGAUGAGAAAGCACACAAAUAUAUGCUCCUAAUUGAAGCCAAAGAUAAUGGGGACAAACUUCAGCUGUCCAGCACAAGCACAGUGGUCCUGAACAUCAUUGACCAAAACAAUCACCUCCCUGAAAUCACUGGUCACAAAGGUCGUGGAAAGAUAACAGAAAGAGAGAGUGGAGUGGAAGUUCUGCGCUUGAACGUCCAUGAUGAAGACAGUCCAGGUUCACCAGCCUGGAAAGCUAAAUUCACUCUCCAUGGAGCUGAGAAGAACCAUUUUAAAAUCCAAACUGACCCCAAAACUAAUGAAGGAAUCCUGACUGUUGUAAAGGCAAUGGAUUAUGAAGAGCACACUUCAAUAAACGUGUCAAUCAGUGUGGAAAAUGAAGAGCCCUACUUCUUCUGUAAGGUGAAAAACCGUCCUUCGCAGGAUUUAUGGGACAUAGAGACUUCUGCUGAAGGGUCCAGCAUGGGUGCACCUCAAUUUCCUAAGCUUUACCCAGUCACCGUUGCUGUUGAGAACAUCAACGACCCACCAGAAUUUGUACCACCUGUUAAAUUACUAAUGAUCAUGGAGAAUACAAAAAUAGGAACCCCCUUGUACACCCUUACAGCCAUCGACCCAGAUAAGUCAUUUGGAGGUUCACUUCACUUUGUGAAAGGAGAAGAUAAAGAUAACUGGGUGACUGUAGAUGCAAAGACUGGCCAGGUUUCUGUGGCCAAGAUUAUGGACAGAGAAUCACAAUUUGUGAAAAACAGUACCUACAGUGUCAUCAUGUAUGUUGAGGACAAUGGUAAGAAACAGUAAGGGUGAUCCUUUGAUUUCCAUUUUUGAUAUGCUGUUAGUAUUAACAAGUUGGAGCUCACUGGUUUUGAGCUGCUGACCAGAAGGUUGCGAGUUCAAAUUCCAGCACAUCCAAGCAUCCACUGCUGUGCCUCUGAGCAUUGCCAUUAUUCUUCAUCUGCUCAGCUCAACUGUAAGUAUUUUUGGAUAGCAGCAUCCACCAAUUUUCAGUAUAAUUCUUAUGUUGAUUUCCUCAGAUAUUUUUAUCAA